AUGGACAACCUGCUCUCCCCGUGCUCCUCCUUUUCCCCGCCCUCGCCACCGUCCUUCUUCUCCCACGCCGGCCACCCAGUCAUCGAGUUCGCCUCCUGUGAGGUCCCCGAGCAAUGGCUGCUCGACGAGGUCGUCGUGGCCAAGAACGAGGGCUACGACGACGUGGACGACCUGUGGCCCGUGGGGAGCUCGCUCUCCCCGGACUCUGAGCUCACCGAGCAGCCGCUUCCUCCUCAGCCACCACCGCAGGCGGAGCUGAGCGUCAAGGCUCCGGCGCAGCAGCGCCCCGGGAAGCGGCGGGGGCGGAAGCCCGGCCCCCGCCCGGACGGCCCCACCGUCAGCCACGUGGAGGCCGAGCGCCAGCGCCGGGAGAAACUGAACCGCCGGUUCUGCGACCUCCGCGCCGCCGUGCCCACCGUGUCGCGCAUGGACAAGGCCUCCCUGCUCGCGGACGCCGCCGCCUACAUCGCGGAGCUGCGCGCCCGUAUCGCGCGGCUCGAGGCCGAGUCGAGGCGGGCCGCCGCGGCGAGGUGGGAGCCCGUAGCCGCGGCCACCGCCUGCGGCGCUCAUGAGGGACGACAGGGAGCCGGCGGCGCCGACGAGGUGGUGGAGGUGCGGAUGCUGGGGCCCGACGCGGCCGCGGUCCCCGAGCAAUGGCUGCUCGACGAGGUCGUCGUGGCCAAGAACGAGGGCUACGACGACGUGGACGACCUGUGGCCCGUGGGGAGCUCGCUCUCCCCGGACUCUGAGCUCACCGAGCAGCCGCUUCCUCCUCAGCCACCACCGCAGGCGGAGCUGAGCGUCAAGGCUCCGGCGCAGCAGCGCCCCGGGAAGCGGCGGGGGCGGAAGCCCGGCCCCCGCCCGGACGGCCCCACCGUCAGCCACGUGGAGGCCGAGCGCCAGCGCCGGGAGAAACUGAACCGCCGGUUCUGCGACCUCCGCGCCGCCGUGCCCACCGUGUCGCGCAUGGACAAGGCCUCCCUGCUCGCGGACGCCGCCGCCUACAUCGCGGAGCUGCGCGCCCGUAUCGCGCGGCUCGAGGCCGAGUCGAGGCGGGCCGCCGCGGCGAGGUGGGAGCCCGUAGCCGCGGCCACCGCCUGCGGCGCUCAUGAGGGACGACAGGGAGCCGGCGGCGCCGACGAGGUGGUGGAGGUGCGGAUGCUGGGGCCCGACGCGGCCGCGGUGCGCGCGACGAGCGCGGCCCCGCACGCGCCCGCGCGGCUGAUGAGCGCGCUCCGGUCGCUGGAGCUCCACGUGCAGCACGCCUGCGUGACCCGCGUGAACGGCAUGACCGUGCAGGACGUCGUGGUUGACGUGGCAACCCCGAUGCAGGACGACGACAAUGGCCUCCGCGCCGCGCUGCUCCAGAGGAUGCAGGACAGCGCGGCUACCUAG